AUGGCAGAUGAAGAUGUUUCCGAUGCGGAUAAUAUUCGUAUUAGAGACUUUGUAGUCCGGUUUCUUUAUAACUUCAAUCUUGCAAAGGGAGAAGGUAUUUCUGGUACUGUCAUUCAACAAUCCUACAUCGAUCAACUAGAUCGCGUUUCGGCAGAAAGUACCACCUUCAUUAAGAAUCAGAAGAGAAUAUUUAAGACUGUUGUGAACAGACACGACGGUAGAUUUAUUUGA